AUGGCACCACAGCUCCAGGGCCAGGCCUGUAACAUGAAAGCGCCUGUGCACAGCAGCGCCAGGGCUAAAGUGGAUCUAUUUCAAGUGGUGUAUUUGAGGAGGGUCUUUCGCAGAGACAUGACGGAGUGGACGCUGCUCAAGCGACUGCUGGACGCCGUCCACCAGCACUCCACCAUGAUCGGCCGCAUCUGGCUCACCGUCAUGGUCAUCUUCCGCCUGCUCAUUGUGGCUGUGGCCACGGAGGAUGUGUACGCCGACGAGCAGGAGAUGUUCGAGUGCAACACGCUGCAGCCGGGCUGCCGAAACGUGUGCUACGACGCGUUUGCGCCAAUCUCGCAGCCGCGCUUCUGGGUCUUCCAGAUCAUCACAGUCUCCACGCCGUCCCUCUGCUUCAUCAUCUACACUUGGCACAACCUGUCCAAGCACCCAGAGGCAAACACCGCCACCGCCGGCGACAUGAACAAGGAGAGCCACGAGCCAUACGCCCGCAGCUGCGACUCGGACAGCUGCUCCAUCAAGUCACACCGGCACCUAGGACACAGCUUGGCAAACGUGCUGGAGGGUAUCGCCCAGAGCAACCUGAAGAGCGCCUGUGCCUCUGCGCCCAAGAACCGGCUCUGCCGGGACCCUGCCGGGGUCAAAUCUGGGGUUCUCUCCACAUACUACAUCUUCCACGUCUGCUUCCGUGCCGUGCUGGAGAUAGGCUUCGUCUUUGCCCAGUGGCUGCUGUUUGGUUUCCAAGUCCCAGCUCACUUUGUCUGCAUUUCCUUCCCCUGUUCCCAGAGGGUGGACUGCUAUGUGUCGCGUCCCACCGAGAAGACCAUCUUCCUCAUCUUCAUGUUCAGCGUGGGCAUCUUCUGUAUCUUCCUCAACUUCCUGGAGCUCAACCACCUGGGCUGGAAGAAGAUCACGCGGUCAGUGAGACUGAAGGACGGCUCCUCCUGGAGGGGCUACGAGGCCAUCAACCAGGACACCCACUCGAUCGCCUCGCUGACCUUCAGGGACGUGACCAGCACCACCUCACUGCCAACUCUGGACCUGGUUGUGGACCACAGGCCGGACUGGACCUGCACCGGGAACUGCUCGCCACUGAAGGAGGAGCGGGACGAGAGCCCACAGAACCCCGCAGGGAACCAGAGGGCAGCGCUGUCCCUUAAGAGCAAGACACACAAAGGACGGCUCUCAAAGCAAAGGAGCACUGAAGUCUGGAUAUAA